AUGACUUGCUGUAGCAAACAGCUCAAUAAGCAGCAGCUACAGACACUGAGGGAACGUUUCCUGGCCUUUUUGAAUGGGGAGACACAAAUUGUAGCAGAUGAAGCAUUUUGCAAUGCUGUGCGAAGCUACUAUGAGGUAUUUCUCAAGAGUGACCGGGUUGCAAGAAUGGUCCACAGCGGAGGAUGUUCUGCAAAUGACUUUAGAGAUGUCUUUAAGAAAAACAUAGAAAAGAGGGUCCGAAGUUUGCCAGAAAUCGAUGGAUUAAGCAAAGAGACAGUGUUAAGUUCGUGGCUGGCCAAAUAUGAUGCCAUAUACAGGGGAGAAGAGGACUUAUGCAAACAGCCGAAUAGGAUGGCCUUAAGUGCUGUAUCGGAGCUAAUUCUGAGCAAGGAACAGCUUUAUGAAAUGUUUCAGCAGAUUCUAGGGAUCAAAAAAUUGGAACAUCAGUUGAUUUAUAACGCCUGCCAAUUGGAUAACGGAGAUGAGCAAGCAGCCCAGAUCAGACGUGAACUCGAUGGGCGACUGCAGUUGGCAGAACAAAUGGCAAGAGAAAGAAAAUUCCCCAAAUUCGUAACAAGAGAAAUGGAGAACAUGUACAUAGAGGAGCUGCGGUCUUCGGUGAAUUUGCUGAUGGCAAAUUUGGAAAGUCUUCCAGUGUCUAAAGGUGGGCCAGAAUUUAAACUGCAGAAGUUGAAGCGAUCACAGAAUUCUGCGUUCUUGGACAUAGGAGAUGAAAACGAGGUUCAACUGUCGAAGUCUGAUGUGGUCCUGUCCUUCACAUUAGAGAUUGUUAUAAUGGAGGUGCAAGGUUUAAGGUCAGUCGCUCCCAAUCGAAUCGUCUACUGCACCAUGGAAGUGGAAGGAGGUGAGAAGCUUCAGACGGACCAAGCAGAAGCUUCCAGGCCACAGUGGGGAACUCAAGGAGAUUUCACCACUACUCACCCUCGGCCUGUUGUCAAAGUAAAACUCUUUACAGAAAGCACCGGGGUGCUGGCACUGGAAGAUAAAGAACUGGGAAGAGUAGUGUUGUACCCAACUUCCAAUAGCCCGAAGUCACCUGAUCUGCAUAAAAUGAUAGUCCCCAAAAACAGCCAGGACAAUGACUUGAAAAUUAAACUGGCGGUGAGAAUGGAUAAACCACCUCACAUGAAGCACUGUGGAUAUUUGUACGCUCUAGGACAGAAGGUUUGGAAGCGGUGGAAAAAACGCUACUUUGUCCUUGUUCAGGUUAGCCAAUACACAUUUGCAAUGUGCAGUUACAGAGAAAAGAAAUCUGAGCCUCAGGAACUGAUGCAACUUGAAGGAUACACUGUGGAUUAUACAGCUCCUCACACAGGUCUUCAGGGUGGUCGAAUGUUUUUCAAUGCUGUUAAAGAAGGCGAUACCGUGAUAUUUGCCAGUGACGAUGAGCAGGAUAGAAUACUCUGGGUUCAAGCCAUGUACAGAGCCACAGGUCAAUCAUAUAAACCUAUUCCUGCAAGCCAAGCUCAGAAGAUAAAUCCUAAAGGAGGAAAUGUCAACACAGAUAUAUCUCCACUUUCUGGCAAAGAUACAGACCGUGGUCAGAAACAUGGCAUGGAUGAGUUUAUUUCUGCUAAUCCCUGCAAAUUUGACCACGCUUCCCUCUUUAGACUGCUUCAGAGGCAGACCUUGGAUCACAGAUUGAAUGACUCCUAUUCUUGUUUGGGUUGGUUUAGCCCAGGUCAGGUCUUCGUAUUAGACGAAUACUGUGCUCGCUAUGGAGUGAGAGGCUGUCACCGCCACCUUUGCUAUCUCAAUGAAUUGAUUGAACAUUCAGAAAAUGGUUCUGUCAUUGAUCCAACCUUGCUCCACUACAGUUUUGCAUUUUGUGCUUCUCAUGUUCAUGGUAACAGGCCAGAUGGAAUUGGAACAGUAUCUGUUGAAGAGAAAGAAAGAUUUGAAGAGAUUAAGGACAGACUUUCCUCCCUUUUAGAAAACCAAAUAAGCCAUUUCAGAUACUGUUUCCCUUUUGGACGUCCUGAAGGAGCUUUAAAAGCCACACUUUCAUUACUUGAAAGGGUUUUAAUGAAAGAUAUUGCCACUCCCAUACCAGCGGAAGAGGUGAAGAAAGUGGUUAGAAAAUGUCUGGAGAAGGCUGCCUUGAUCAAUUACACUCGACUUACAGAAUAUGCCAAAAUAGAAGCAACAGCAGAAAAGGACUCAGAGACCAUGAACCAAGCAACACCUGUUCGAAAACUGGAAGAGGUUCUUCACCUUGCAGAACUCUGUAUUGAAGUAUUGCAGCAAAAUGAAGAACAUCAUUCAGAGGCAUUCGCUUGGUGGCCAGAAUUAUUGGCUGAGCAUGCAGAGAAGUUUUUGUCUCUUUAUUCUGUUGAUAUGGAUUCAGCACUCGAGGCACAGCCGCAGGACUCCUGGGACAGCUUCCCACUUUUCCAGCUGCUGAAUAACGCCCUCAGAAAUGACACAUUUUUGUGCAAUGGAAAGUUUCACAAGCACUUGCAAGAAAUUUUUGUUCCCAUGGUCAUCCGCUACAUCGAUCUCAUGGAAUCAUCAAUUGCCCAGUCCAUUCACAGAGGUCUUGAACAAGAGUCAUGGCAACCUGUCAAGAGCAUCACCAACAGUCUUCCUAAUGUAGCUCUUCCAAAAGUUCCAAGUUUGCCUCUUAAUCUUCCACAAAUACCUAGCUUUACUACACCAACCUGGAUGACUUCUUUGUAUGACUCCACAAAUGGCUCAGCUACAUCAGAAGAUCUUUUUUGGAAAUUGGAUGCUCUGCAGAUGUUUGUUUUUGAUCUUCAUUGGCCAGAACCAGAAUUUGCCCACCAUUUAGAGCAGAGGCUUAAACUCAUGGCCACUGACAUGAUAGAAGCCUGCGUUAAAAGAACAAGAAUUGCAUUUGAGGUCAAGCUGCAAAAGACAAACAAAUCAACGGACUUGCGUAUCCCUUCUUCUCUGUGUACAAUGUUUAAUGUCUUAGUUGAUGCUAAAAAACAGACGGCUAAACUCUGCAUUCUGGAUGGGGGGCAAGAGCAACAAUACCAUUCAAAAAUAGAUGACUUGAUUGAAGAAACUGUUAAAGAAAUUAUUUCACUUCUUGUUUCGAAGGUUGUUUCAGUGUUGGAAGGUGUGCUGUCUAAAUUGUCAAGAUACGAUGAAGGCACUUUCUUCUCAUCCUUAGUUUCAUUCACUGUGAAAGCAGCUGCAAAGUAUGUUGAUGUUCCUAAACCAGGGAUGGAUCUAGCAGACACCUACAUUAUGUUUGUUCGACAAAACCAGGAUAUACUUCGAGAAAAGGUCAAUGAGGAAAUGUACAUAGAGAAGUUAUUUGAUCAAUGGUAUAGCAGCUCCAUGAAAGUCAUAUGCAUGUGGUUGGCUGAUAGAUUAGACCUUCAGCUUCACAUCUACCAGCUGAAGACUCUCAUCAAGAUAGUAAAGAAAACCUACCGAGACUUCAGGUUGCAAGGCGUGCUGGAGGGAACGCUGAACAGCAAAACCUACGACACCGUGCACAGCCGACUGACCGUAGAGGAGGCCACAGUCUCCGUCACGGAUGCGGGAGGACUUCAGGGCAUUACUAUGAAAGACAGCGACGAGGAGGAAGGAUGAGGAGAUAACAUGGUGUUAUCUCACCCAGCAUUUGGAGUUGGGGGGUGAUGGGCUGAGGGUGGGGGUUAUCUUUGGCUUGAGGUUUUUUUGGUAACUUGUCCUUGUAGUUGCAUUUAUAGUUUUGCCUUAUGAUAUAGGUGCAGAAAUGUAAUUUGCUCCUUUUUUUUUUUUUUUUUUUUUUUU